UUUUUUUUAAUGCGUUGAACAAGUGCAAGUCAGGAAAACCAGAGUUGAGGUUUUUGCUCUCUUUGGAAUUGUGAUCUUUCCAAAAUGAAUCUUGUGUAGCUAAUAGUUAAAGUUCGAUCUGAUUGAAAGGGAUGAGGCAGAACCCUAGAAUGAACUUUCUUGAAGGAUCUUGAUGAUGAUAUAACAUUUCUCCCUGACCUUUCAGGUCAGGUUUUUGAUCUUACUAGACUAUAAGAGGGUGAGUGAUCCAGUGUCUAGCCCUGGUCAGGACUCCAGUAAGGAAAAAAAAAAAAAUGAAAAAGGGAAUCAGUGCCUGAUUGCUUAAAGGACAAAGAAAAUAACUAGGAGUGUAGCUUCUUUCUUGAUGCUGACUCUUUCAUUUAUUGAGCAUCUGGGUGUCUCCCAAUCCAGGAACUACCUGAUUUCUUAGGGCUUCUGCAUCAAUAUUCCUCAAACUGUCUCCAAUUAUGUUUGGAAUCGUUUGCUUUAACGUAAAUGCCAGUGAGACCUUGGAGAGCUUCCCAGAGACUAAACCUCUUUGCCUUUCUCUCCUACCUUCCAACUUGCCUAAAGAUUCAGCUUUUUCCCUGGGAGCCAAGUCUCCUUGUCAAGACAUCAUUUUGUGUUUAGGUGUGUUUUGGUGGGCUGACAGGUUGGAUCUUUCUCUCCACCCUGAGCACCUACCUCUGGUUUGAGUAUAGUCUCCAUCACUAUUGUAAGUGCACUCAAGCACUCUCGCCCUCGUGCGUAUGCACACACACACACACACACCUUUGAUUAGAAGAGAAUUGGCUGUACUUGUGCUGAGUUCAGGCUUUCUGUGCUAGAGUGAAAUCUGUUGAGGAGGCACUUUUCAGCUCCCAGCCAUCACACUCGGCAUUUUUCAGUGUGAUCUUUCUUCAAGGAGUCAUCAUUGUGCUGAGCAGUCAGCAGGUCAGGGAAACAGGCUUUUUGAUACUAAGGCUGUCUAAAGGUAUCUGGUUUUGGCUCUUUUUGUGAGAGGCACUAGGGACACCUUUCAAACUGAUCAUUUUUUCCUUUUAAUGGAGCCCAGUCUAUACUGUCUUUCAAACUCCAGAUAAAGUUGGAAUUGUGGCUUUGUAGUGUGCAGGGGGAAACUAGGAGCCCUUGUUCUCAUCCAGUUAUGUGGGUGCUGGAUCACCUCAGUCAGGGGGUCAGCAUUUCCAGAAAGGACCAGUGCUGACUAUAAGACCAAGGUUCCCUUGGAGCCUUCUCAUGUUUCUAUCAAAGAAAUAGUUCAGUUAAAGGCCUAGAAGUCCUGAUUUCACCUCUGUCCUUUGACCUUGGUCUGCAACUCCCAUCAAUUCUGAGGUAGGCCUGAUUUUGGCUAUGAAUCCAGGAGCUUUGUCAGUUGGACACGGUGUGUCCUUAACCAGAUGUCUUUCUCCAAGGAUCUUUUCUUCCUGACCUAGUUAUAUAGUUCUUCUCUGACCCCAGAGUGCUUUUAUUGUAAAAGGAAUGCCUAAUUAGUCCUGGUAUGCCUUUCUCUUACCUAGUCUUCUAGUUCCUUACUAAAUUUCUUUUUGUUUUCCCUUACACUUCUUUCCAUAAUCCAAUCCCUUCAAUUUGAAAUUUCCUCCUUAGACUAAAAGCUUUCCUGACCUGAGUGUAGGGACCUUAAAAUUUAGAAUUAUGAAACCUUCAUGGAAAUGAAUAUCCUUUUUACAUUACCUUCUUUCCCUUAUUAAGUCUGACCCAUUCACCAGUCCUGAAUAGAGAUUGGAUUUGGGGAUUGGCAUGAAGAUCGGGAAGAAGAAAGUAGGUAAAGAUUUGAACUUUGGAGGACCUAAGGACUUGGAGAUGAGUCCAAGAUGUUCUGAGGGUUAGAGGGUAAUAACAAAUGUGAAAAUGCUUUUAAAAAUCUAAAUCUCAAUAUAGGAACAAGGGUUUGUGUUAUUAGGUGGGGAGGAGUCAAGGCAUGCUGAAGGAUGGUGGUAAAAAUAAAAGUGGCUAGAUUCUCUUGGGGAAAGAAAGGCUUAGUAUUGAAAAAGGCUGUCAACUGACAGACUAUUUGGUGUUAGCUUCUGCUGCCUGUGAUCUAUUUUCUGUGUUCUUUGGCACUGUGGAAAGUUUAUUCCUAGCAGGAGUCAAGCAUAAAUGUGUAGCAGAUAUUAUUGAGAGUAAUUGGUGGUCCAAAUGGCAUCUUCUUACCCCAGCCUUUGACUAGUCUGUGUCCAAGCAGGGCCCCUUAGUGGUUAUUGCUAGUGGGCCUUGUGAAAUACCCUGGUUGCAGUAAAACUGUGUGUGGGAAGUGGAAGCUCUUAAGAUUCUGCAAUCCAAAGCCACAGGAGCUGAGACUAUUAGCCCAUGAACAAAUAGGGCCUGGCAGAUGGGCAAAGAGGAAUCUCCUUGAAGGUAGCCUAAGAUUGGCAGGCAUUGUGGCACAGUACAGAAUUUAACAUUCCCAGGUUUCUACUACUUGGAAAAUCUGAGGCAGAAGCAGUUUUUAAUUGUUCUAGGCCUCAAUUUCCCCAUGUCUAAGUAAGGACUAGAUGACUUAUGAAAUCUUUAACAGCAGUGAAUCUGGUCUUUUGCUGUUGGAAUCAGGAAUCAUCCUUACAUUAACCUCUCCAAAACUUACAUCUUCAAAGGAAAUUUCAAUUUCCACUUCCCUGAAAACCAAGUAGAAUUUGGUCUGAGCCACUAACUUGGUUAUUCUAUGUUAAAACAAAGGAUCUCAAAGGCAAGACUUUGUUCCCACACCUCUUCUCACCUUCAAGAGCCAACCUUCACUGGAGUAGAGGUGUUAGGGGGUGAACUCUGGUGUGCAUUCUUUCAUUCAGCUGUUAGGCAGGAUGCCUUUUGUUGACUGAUGUUCCAUUCCCCAACAUAUGGAUCCAGGCUAUCUGGGUCCCUCGGGCCUUGCUGGCUGAUUGGGCUUUGGGAUUGCCAAAGUGGGUGAGGGAGAGCAAAGUGAUGUGCUGAGUCAGCAUGACUAGCUAGGAACAGCCGAUCUCUGAUGCUGCCAAGUUAUUUUUAAAGCUCCUGGCUUCCUUCUAGGCUGGCCCCUCCCUGAUCUCUUUCCUCCUAAUCUCUACCUCCACUUCUCUUGUUUUCCUUUUGAUCUGUCUCCUCUUACUCCUUCUAUAUCUAUCUAACCUUCCUGCCCCCAGCCCCAAUUCCCAAAGGGAAGAAGCAGAGGGCCAGCACGAUUUUUUGAGCAGCUAAACAGAGGUCUGCUUUGGUGUGAUGACUUUAUCUCAGGCUCAGAGAGUAACUGUUGUGGCUCCCAGGUUAUGACGACCCCCAGUAAAGGAAAUAAGGCCUUGAAGGUGAAGAGGGAGCCAGGUGAGAAUGGCACCAGCCUGACAGAUGAGGAGCUGGUAACAAUGUCUGUACGAGAACUGAACCAGCACCUUCGAGGCCUGUCAAAGGAGGAGAUCAUUCAGCUGAAACAACGUCGGCGCACACUUAAAAACCGAGGCUAUGCUGCUAGUUGCCGAGUGAAAAGGGUCACUCAGAAGGAGGAGCUGGAGAAACAAAAGGCAGAGCUGCAGCAGGAGGUAGAGAAGCUAGCCUCUGAGAAUGCCAGCAUGAAGCUGGAGCUGGACGCCCUCCGCUCCAAGUAUGAGGCACUGCAGAACUUUGCGAGGACGGUGGCUCGGAGCCCCGUGACCCCAGCCCGGGGCCCCAUCACUGCCAGCAUGGGGCCCCUUGUCCCUGGCAAAGUGGCUGCCACCAGUGUCAUCACAAUAGUGAAGUCGAAAACGGACGCCCGGUCGUAGUGACACGUGUGUGUGUGUGUGCUCCCCCGGCAGCGGGUAUAUGUGGGGUGGUUAGGCACAAGGCAGUUUCAACAGCCCUGUCCCCACCUCUCUUUCUUCUUCUCUUCUCCCACCUCUUCCCUGCAAAGCACAACCUCCCACCCCGGGGGUGCCGGGCUGAGCCCCCUUUGAUUUCAUCAUUAUCGUCAUGUGUCUUGUGCGUUGGGAUUGGUCGGUGCGGCGGUGACAUGGGGUGGCCCCCUUCCUUCCUCUGGGUACCAAGGCCAUGUGGACAUAGAGUCCCAAUGUGCCCCUUUUGGCAUAAAGAGUAUGUGCUUUGUCUCUGAGGAGGGGAGGUUCCAGUUUGGGAGGAUGGGACAUGUCCCUUCUUGAGCUCCAGGUUGCCUCCCCAGACCUCCGAAUGCUGUCCUCACUACCCCUAGUGUCAGGAGCUAGGAUCCUCCUUGGGAACUGUUCAGUCUGGAGUGGUUUGUUAUAAACAAACCCAAGUUGAAUAGGUCAGUAUUGUGGGGACAGGUGGGCCUUGUUCUAAUGGGGAAAGUGCAAAGUGUCCUAGUAAACCUGGGAGAGUGAAGUGGUGCAUCCCCUGGUUGGUGUGGGAGGUAAUAGGAAGUCCUUGGGGAGAGGACGGGGUGUCAUAUGGUGGCUAUGAGCCAAUAGCCACGGCUUUUGUGCCUGACACGUUGCACUGAACAAGACCAAAAUCACUAGUUGUGAGCGUAUUUGAAGGGUGUGUACAGUGUGUCUUAGCAAUGGGUCCUGUGUCACUGUUUACACAACCUAUUUGUGUGGUUAAAUGGUCCUUUAUUUAAAAGAGAAAAGUUCCUUUGAAGAAGCUAUUAAAUUAUAUAAGUUUAAAGACUAAAGAAGAAAAAGCUGCAGAGUAUUUAUAAAACUGUCUUUUUAAAAACACAGAAUAGGAGGAAUAUUUGACCAUAGAAAUGGAAAAGAAAUGAAAAAAGAAAAAAAGUAAUUUAGAAAUUGUGUUAAUUUACAAAAAGAGAGAGGAACUUGGGGGAAAAUCCUUUGUUGUAAAUCCUUUCUUUGAACAAUUCUCUGUGGCUGUUGGAGUUUAGUUUUUAUAAACACAGAGUUAUCAGACAUUAUUUAUAAAACUUAGUUUAAAAAAAAAAAAAGAAAAAAAAAAGCCUAACCACAAAACCGACCAGAAGGCGAGUCCUAACGUUCUUUGAUAUCUCUUUUGCAAUUGUACCAAAAGUGACUUACUCUUUUGCCCUUUCUGCUUCCGUCUCUUUGCCGGUGGCCGUGGUGUAGUCCGUGCCUGGUGAGGUCUUGUGCGGCGGUAGCGUGCUGGUGCUUCUGGUGACCUUUGACGUGUGGGUGUCACUCUUGUGUCUGUUUUUUCUGUGUUUGUUUUUUGGAUUUGUUUUUGCUUUUGCUUUUUUUCUGGAUUUCCAGCACAGGCAGUCCAGAGCUUUUAGUGCAGCACUUAUGUGGAGGAUGCAGGAUCUGUGCUUACUCAAUCUCCCUCUUUCUGCUUCCUGCUCUUCCCAGUCCAUCCUGAGUCCUCUGUUGGCAGAACACCAAAGGCCAGAAUAAACUCUUUCUCUCUCUCUCUCUCUCUCUCUCUCUCUCUCUUUCUGUCUGUCUUUCUCUCUCUCUCUCUCUCGAGCUGACAAGGAUUGGGCUUUGGCUGUGGAUGGAAUAUGUCAUGUUGAUGAGAUGUAGGGCUGGACCAUUCUCAUCACUCAUGAAUAGAUACCUUGGCUUUUUUCCUUUAUGCUCUGGUCCUAUAAUGGCCCAUGGCAGAAGAGGGGACUUCAGGGGCUAUCUGCACAGCCAUCCUUGCAGCUUCCACAUUCUCCUCCUUGUAUCUGGGGGUAGUAGACUUUCAGGGACCAAGGAGUUGUCGUAGGUAUAAAUUUGGGGUAUAGGUUAAUUGUCUUUCUUGUCUUCCUCAUUAUUUCCCUGCUAUGAUGACAGCUGUAAUUGGUAUCCAAUCUGGCCACUACUUUAUUCCUAGUCUUCAGAUAAACAUGAAGCUCUGGCCAGACAUCUGUCAGAACUUGAAUCUGGGGCAGGAAGUUAUUCCCUGUUUAUCCCAGAAUGGCAUCAGUGAUGGUGAGCUACCAUCAGGGGUAUUGUAUUAUGUUCCCUCCAGUUCUGUGAUAUGGAGGUAUGUGAAAAACAAUACUUUUCCUCAUUUCUGCCUUCUUUGGAUGGCCUGGUAAGAGGUCUCACCUGGUGCCAAACAAUCUCUCAUGCUCUGGUUAGUUCCUUUUUCCAUUCACUCCCCACAACUCAUGCCACCAUCCUCCAACACCUUGGCAGCUUUUUGACCUGAAUUCUUCCUCUUCUUUUCUGAUCUUCAUGUCUUCCAGAAAUUGGCCACUCAACUUUCAGAGAAUGCUCCCUCUUGAAAGAGAGCCAGAUAUCCUGUCUUAGCUCCACCCACAGAAGUACCCAGUCCCCAGUCUUGGCUCAGCAAAUUCUUGUUAGUGAUAAUGUUCAAAGGGCCAAGUCUGGGUAGGGGGAUCUGAGCAGUGAGUGGAUUUCUCAGCUAUAGAAAUGGUCACCUUAAAGGAGGGCAGUUAACCCUCGCUCUGGCAAUACUGACAUCAUCCUCUUCCCAUUGGGUUGUUUGAGUACUACAGACUAAGAUGGACCCAGGUUUUUGUGUGUAUGGGGUAAGAAAAGUUUUUUUAUAAAAGUGCCAAGCCUACCUUACUGGCUAUUUAAACCAGAUUCAGAGCGAAAGGUGGUUCAGUUCUUGGCUGAGGGCAUUCUAUCCAUAUAAAGAUGUAGCUAGACUGUUCUUUGAAGUGGAGGUAGGAAUGGGGAGGGGAAAUCCCUUAUGGGGAGGAAAAGAUUGACUUAUCCCUCCUGGGUAUGUUUAGUCAGAAACUUGCACGUUGUAAGCUGGACCAGGGAAAAAUUCACCAGCUUUGAUCCAAGUAACUUCUGAGAACCUGUGAUAGCCUACUUUCUUCCACACUGUUGUAUAGCUCACAAUAGCUGUGGGCAGUGGUCAAGGAAGGACUUGAAAUACCCAAAAGAGAGUUUUUGGUCUAGUGUAGACCUGUCUUGGAGGGACAAGGGAGAAAAAUCGCAUCAGUUCGCACAGAUUUAAAGUUGGAUGGGACCUCAUAGGUCAUCAUAUCCAUCCCCAUUUUGCAGAUGAGGAAACUGAAGCCCAGAGGUGUUAAAUAACUUGCCCCUGGUCACACAGCUAGUAAGUGCCUGAGGCAGGGUUUAAACCCAGGUCUUCCUGAUUCUAGGUCUAGCAUUCCUUCCACUACAUCGAACUGGGUCAGGGCAGAAACUGACUCCCCCUCGCCCCCCCUUUUUUAAAAAAUGCAAUUGCCAGUUUUAUCUUUCACUAUAGGGCUAUACCUGAAUACUUUUUCGGACUUCUCAGGUUGGGCACUGAGGAAGGACCUUAUAGGGCAGAGAGAAGGAUGUGUGCAGAACCAGGGAAUAAGAGCUGUAAGAUUGUGGAUUUUUAAUCCCCAUUGAGGGGAGAAAAGUCUUCUUCUGCAUGUUCAAGCCCAAAUCAGAGUCCUUGUCUCCUGUCUAGUGCUGCUGUUUCUGGAGUUGUGACAUAUUGAGAUUUUCAUGCUUCCUUUCUUUGACACAUUUGGGAAAAUGUUUUUCCAGAUUAAGGGGAGUUUGUCCACUCCCAUCCCAGCCAGAACUGAGGGGUCACCCUGUUUUCAUGGGCACUCCUUGUCUUUCAUCUUGGUUUCUGUAGAAUAGAUACUGUGUUUACGUAUGGGUGUUUUGUGUUUUCCUGGUCCUUAUUUGUUCAAGUUUUCUACCGUGAGGGUGUUGUGUUUCAUUUCCUUCUCCUCUGAAUUUUCUUGACAAGGAAUUGAGGGCUUCUGCUGGGGCCAGUUUUUCCAAACACUUGCAAAAUAAUACCAUGAUAUGUAUUUCUCCUGUUCUCCUAACCCUGCUCUAAACCCCUCUCAACCCACUUUAGGGGAUUCACAGCAAGCCUCUAAAUUAAUCUGGGGGAUGAAGAAUAGGUUCACUCUUGAAUGAGGGGCCUUGGCUCCAGAACAGAUUCACUCCAAGGGCUACUGGCUGCUGCUAUUCCAGGGGAUGUGUUGUUAUUUGUGUAGAAAUGUGACAUAUGUGUGGUGUAUGGUGCUUCCUGGAAUCUUAGAUUCUUCCCAUUUCCCUGCCUCUAAAUGUAUUGCCUCCACAGUCUAUUUUUCAGUUUAGCUAGUUUUACUACUAAAUGAUUCAGGUAGUUUGCUUGAGUUUUCCCAGUGCUUGUUCAUUGGGCUUUUGCUGGCCACAAACUGCUAGUAAGAGGUAAAAUCAUGUUGGAUAGCUCCUCUGUAGCAGCAAGGAAUGACCAAAGCUCUCUCCACAGGCAGGGAUGCAGCAUGAGGCCUCUGCCUGCAGCACUGUUUCCGCACUGGGACUUUUUUAGACUGUGGUUUGUUGGAAGAAACUGACACAUUAACGAUUUUUCUCCCCAGAAGCCACUGAAUAAUAGUUUAUGGCUUUUUCUUCCUUUCCUGUCAGUUUCCAAUGGCUUGGGAGUAUGUAGAUAAAGAUUACUAAGGGCCUACCUGAGACCCAGCAAAGAAGGGUCCAGAGGGAAGCUCAUGGCGAGGAAGGUGGGAGCGAGUGAUCCCCUAGAGACAGCUUUCCAUUUGUCCCUUGCUUGGAUGCCUGUGUCUGGGUGUGUGCUCAUUUGUGUUUGUCAGUAUCUGAAUCCCCAUCCCAUCUUUGCAGCAGCCACAGCCAUCCAAAACUCUCGGAGAUCAAGCUGAGUCGGUUGGAAACGUGGGAGAGGGGAGGGAGGGGUCCAUGAGUCCUCAAUGAAGCCUUUUCCCACGGUGGGUGCUUCCCAUCUUGGGUGCUGUGAUCCCUCUUUGGCACAUUAAAGGGGACUUUUCCCCACCGCAUCGCCCCUUCUUCCUGUCCCCUCAUUCGGCCCUACUCGGAAGCCUUUACCAAAUGGGAAUGCGGGCAGAGUAGUAUCCCGAGCGCUUCCAGCGGCGAGACAAAGGCUGCCCUGGGGCGCCUGGCUCUGCUGCUUCCUUGCCUUUGGUCCUGAGUGGGUUGGGGUUAGGGGAAGAGGAGGUAGCCUUGGGUAAGGGCUUCUGCCUGGGGCUGAAGCCUCUAGGAGCGGGUAAAGGCGAGCCACCUUGGAAUUUGCUUUGGGGUUUUUUACAGAUUUGAAGUGAGCAAGGCUGGGGUCUGGGUACGGGUCGGGGAGUCGGGCAGCCAGGGUCGACCUCUGGGUGCCUCCUCCCCCAGCCCGACUCAGUAUUUAUUGCUAAAUUAUUGUCCAGGCGGGGCGGCACGGGGCCGGGCCCCCCGGGUAUUUAUUGCUGUAUAUAUUGUAUGUUUGUGAUAUAUAAGGUUUUCUUUAUUUUGUAUAUGAUCAAUAAAAACCUUUUAAAGAGA